AUGGCGGGCACUGCGGCAGCAGGUGGGCAGCCUCCCCAGGUUAGCAUGCAGGAGCACAUGGCCAUCAAUGUGAGCCCGGGCCCCACCCGGCCCAUCCGCCUCAUCUCCCACUACUUCCUGCACUUUUACCCUUUUGCGGAGCCUGCCCCCGCAGCGGCGUCCACCAUCUGCUCUGCACCCCAGCUGCAGCCCGACCCAGAGCCAGAAGGAGACUCAGACGACAGCACUGCCCUGGGCACCCUGGAGUUCACACUUCUUUUUGAUGCGGACAACAGUGCCCUGCACUGCAGGGCUCAUCGUGCCAAGGGCCUCAAGCCAUUGGCCUCAGGCUCCGUGGACGCCUAUGUCAAAGCCAAUCUGCUGCCAGGGGCCAGCAAGGCCAGCCAGCUUCGGACACGCACCGUUCGGGGCAUGAGGAUACCUGUCUGGGAGGAGACACUCACCUAUCACGGCUUCACCCACCAGGAUGCUGCAUGCAACACCCUUAGGCUGUGUGUGUGCGAGGACCCAUGGCUGCGGUGACGGCGGCAGGUGCCUCCCCUGGGGGAGCUGCGGGUGCCCCUGAGGAAGCUGGUGCCAAACCGAGCCAGGAGCUUCAACAUCUGUCUGGAGAAGCGGAGGCUGGCCAAGAGGCCCAAGAGCCUGGACACAGCCCGCGGCAUGUCCCUCUAUGAGGAGGAGGUGGAGACAGAGGUGGCCUGGGAGGAACGUGGGCGCAUCCUGCUGUCACUGUGCUACAGCUCUCAGUGGGGUGGCUUGCUGGUGGGUGUGCUGCGCUGCGCCCACCUGGCCCCCAUGGAUGCCAACAGUUACUCAGACCCCUUCGUGCGCCUUUUCCUGCAUCCGAAUGCAGGGAAGAAAUCUAAAUUCAAGACCAGUGUUCGUAGGAAGACCCUGAACCCUGAGUUCAAUGAGGAAUUCUUUUACUCAGGCCCACGGGAGGAGCUGGCCCAAAAGACGCUGCUGGUGUCUGUGUGGGACUAUGACCUAGGCACGGCUGAUGACUUCAUUGGCGGGGUGCAGCUGGGCAGCCAUGCCAGUGGGGAGCGCCUGCGGCACUGGCUUGAGUGCCUGCGCCACAGCGACCACUGCCUGGAGCUGUGGCACCCGCUGGACAGCAAGCCUGUCCAGCUCAGCGACUAGCCCAUGGGCCCUG